AUGAACUCGGAAAGUGGCGAACGACAUCCUCAGCUCUACUUUCCGGAUGGCGAUGUUGUUCUUCGCGCACCCCUCCUUCGCUCCCUGGAUGACAAAGUGGAGAAGCACCAACUUUAUCGCGUACAUAAGGCACACCUCGCCCAUUACUCUGUGAUGUCCGCCAAUAUGUUCGCCGAUGGAGAUGCGGGGCUAGGUCCAACGUACGACGGUCAGCCUCUCGUCGAGCUGUCUGACGAGGCAGAAAGUCUAUCUUGCCUCCUCACAUACUUCUACAACCCUUUUGAACCUUUGUGCACACGCUGGGACCCCAACGCCCCUAUCCUGCUAUCCCCUGUCAUCCGCCUCGCAGACAAAUACGUUGUUGAGGGUCUCCGUGCAUCCCUCAUCAAGCGCGUCGUCUCCGACUGGCCAUGCACGCUCGCUGCCUGGGACGCCAGCGAAGGCGAGGCCAACGCGAUCCUCAAGCAUCGUGUGCUGUCUGGUACCAACACGGGCCGCUUCGUCGACCAGAUCCCGGAACCCGCCGCCGCCAUUGCGUUCGCGCGCGAGUUCGGCUGCACAGAGAUACUCCCCGCCGCGUUCUACCAGCUGUGCCGCAUCAACAUCAAGGAGGACUUCGAGCAAACGGACCAUUCCUAUCUCAAGUACAAGCGGCUCGCGCGGUGGAGCCUCCUGGACCUCGAGAACAUCACGCGCUACCUCCAUGGGCGCGAAGAGCUCCGGACCUACUGCAAAUAUAUCAGGCGUGCGUUCGACGAGGGAGAGCCGCUGUUUUACGGGUGUAUCCCGUAUUGGGCGUUCCCUGAUUGCCCGUGGGUGGUACCGGAGGAGGAGAAGGAUCGCAGUGAGCGGCCGUGCUACGCCUUUGCAGAACGUAUCCUGCAGCUUGCGUGGCCCGAGGACGAAGAGUGCGACCCCCUCGACGGACUGCUUAGGCUCCUCGACUACGAAAGCCUACCCGAAGUCAAGAAGGGUUAUCCCAAAGGUUUUUGCGAGAAAUGCGGCUGGGAGUUCGGCGAGUGGCUUAGACGCAAUCGGCAGGGUCUCUGGAAUAGACUACCACAACUCUUUCACCUAUAA